UGCGAUUCCUGUGGGUGUCGAUGUUCAGCUUGAGAGUCUGGACACCAUCUCUGAAGUAGAUAUGGACUUCACCAUGACCCUGUACCUGAGACAUUACUGGAAGGACGAGAGACUGUCCUUUCCCAGCAACACCAACCAGAGCAUGACCUUUGAUAGCCGGCUGGUGAAGAAAAUCUGGGUACCUGACAUAUUUUUUGUCCAUUCGAAACGCUCCUUCAUCCAUGACACCACCAUGGAGAACGUCAUGCUCCGAGUGCAUCCCGAUGGCAAAGUGCUCUACAGCUUGAGGGUUACAGUCACAGCGAUGUGUAAUAUGGAUCUCAGCCACUUUCCCCUGGACACCCAGACAUGCUCACUGGAGAUCGAGAGCUAUGCUUAUACUGACGAUGACCUCCAGCUGUACUGGAAGAGAGGAAACAAAUCUCUGCAGACGGAUGAGAAGAUCUCUCUGUCUCAGUUCCUCAUCCAGGAGUUUCACACCACCACAAAACUAGCCUUCUACAGCAGCACAGGUUGGUACAAUCGUCUUUACAUCAACUUCACUCUGCGUCGUCAUAUCUUCUUCUUCCUGCUUCAGACGUACUUUCCCGCCACUCUGAUGGUCAUGCUGUCAUGGGUGUCCUUCUGGAUCGACCGGCGAGCUGUUCCCGCACGGGUUCCUCUAGGCAUCACGACGGUGCUCACCAUGUCCACCAUCAUCACUGGAGUGAACGCCUCCAUGCCCAAAGUCUCCUACAUCAAAGCUGUGGACAUUUACCUGUGGGUCAGCUUCGUCUUCGUCUUCCUGUCUGUGAUCGAGUACGCCGCUGUCAAUUACCUGUCCACUCUGCAGGAGCGCAAAGAGAGGACGCAGAGCAACAGGCAGUCGCCGUGUAUGUGUGGAAUGACCCAUCCUGGUCAGAUGAUGAUGAGCAACAGCUACAGCGACAUGGACAUGAUGACCACAGGGAACUACGGCAUGUCGGAGCUGAACAGAGACAAACAGGAGCAGUUCCUGGUUCAUCUGGUCCUGGAGAAUGAACAAGGAGCUCAAAGACCUGCUGUAAGAUCAAGCAGCAGUGUAUUUAUAGACACCCAUGCCAUAGACAAAUACUCAAGGGUCAUCUUUCCUGGAGCCUACACACUCUUCAACAUCAUCUACUGGUCCAUCUACUCACAAUGA